GGGGCUUCCGAUCCCCCGGCCGCGGCGAUGCUGCGUACGGAGAAGGUGCUGCAGCUGCGGGGCCAGCAGGGCCGCUCGGUGCGCGUCGUGCGGGAGCACUACCUCCGCCCUGACGUGCCGUGCCGCAGCGCCCUGUGCCGCGCCGGCUGCCCGCGCGAUGGCAAGUUGUUAUCGGAUGAUGUUACACAUUAUGUCGUCCCUGACUGCAAGGUGGUUCAGGAUUACCUUGAGAUUCUUGAGUUUCCGGAGCUGAAGGGUAUCAUCUUUAUGCAAACAGCGUGUCAAGCUUUGCAACAUCAAAAAGGACGCAGGCAGUACAACAAGCUACGAAAUCUAGCAAAGGAUGCCCGUCACGACUGUGCCGUAUUUGCUAAUGAAUUCCAUCAGCAUUGUUAUUUGCCGAGAGAGAAGGGAGAAUCCAUGGAGAAAUGGCAGACCAGGAGUAUUUACAAUGCAGCGGUCUGGUACUAUAAUCACUGCUCAGGUCAGAUGCCAAUUGUUAUGGUAACAGAAGAUGAAGAUGCUAUCAGGCAGUAUGGAAAUGAAACGGAAGGAGUGUUUGUGAUUUCCUUCAAGAAUUACUUGGAUAACUUUUGGCCUGACUUAAAGGCUGCCCGUGAACUCUUUGACUCUAUACUUCAAGCUCGGCGUGAACGGGAGAUUGAAAGCCAAGAAAACAAUGGAAAAGAAUAUCCUGAGCACUUACCUCUGGAAGUAUUGGAGGCUGGGAUCAAAUCUGGAAGAUAUAUACAGGGUGCACUGAGUGUCAAUAAGCACAGAGCUCAGCUGGAAGCUUUUGUUCGACUUCAGGGAUUUAGCAGCAAAGAAACAGAAAUUCAAAGUGACAUCCUUAUUUACGGGGCCAAAGCUCGAAAUCGUGCAAUCCACGGUGACAUGGUGGCUGUUGAGUUACUGCCUUUGCAUGAGUGGAAAGGAAGGACUGUUGCCCUCUGUGAAAAUGAGACUGAGGAUAAAGCACCAUCGGACACCACUGGUGACCCUAUGCCCACAGGUAAAGUUGUUGGAAUCAUCCAGAAGAACUGGAGGGAUUAUGUGGUCACUUUCCCCUCUAGAGAAGAGAGCCAGCCCCAGGGCAGAAAUGCUCAGAAGGUCCUUGUUACACCUUGGGACUACAGAAUUCCCAAAAUCCGGAUCAGUACCCAGCAAGCUGAAGCACUCCAGGACUAUAGAGUCGUCGUGCGUAUUGAUUCUUGGGAGUCAACGUCUGUGUAUCCAAAUGGACACUUUGUGAGAGUUCUAGGAAGAAUUGGAGAUCUGGAGGGAGAAAUUGCAGCUAUUCUGGUGGAGAACAGCAUCUGUGUUGCUCCUUUCUCAGAAAUCCAGAUGAGUGAAAUGCCCAUGAGUUCUUCAAAGAAUCCAUGGAAAGUAAGUCCAGAGGAGGAAAAACAACGUCUUGACCUGAGAACUACACACUUGAUAUUCAGCAUUGAUCCAAAAGGCUGUGAGGAUGUGGAUGAUGCUCUCUCUGUUAGAACUCUGCCUAAUGGGAAUCUGGAAUUAGGCGUCCACAUUGCAGAUGUGACCCACUUUGUGGCAGCAAAUUCUUACACUGAUGUUGAGGCCAGAGCAAGGGCAACAACUUACUAUUUAGCUGAUCGUCGCUAUGACAUGCUGCCCUCUGUCUUGAGUGCUGACAUCUGCUCUCUGCUCAGUGGAGUUGAUAGGUACGCUGUGAGUGUCUUGUGGGAACUAGAGAAGGAAUCGUAUGAAAUACUGAGCGUCUGCUACAACAAAACCAUCAUCCGAUCCGCGUACAAGCUCACUUAUGAAACUGCACAGGGGUUAUUGGAUGGAGACACAAGCGUGGUUGGUGAUAUCCUGGAACUGAAAGACUUGGAUGAAAGAACGAGGCAGAAGAAGCUGGCUGAGCUGGUUUGGGCGGUAUCAAAACUCACGGAUAUAGCACGGCAUGUAAGAGUCAAGCGGGACAGCUGCGGCGCUCUGGAGCUGGAAGGGGUGGAAAUCCGAGUGCAGCUGGAUGAUAAACACAACAUCCACGAUCUGAUCCCGAAGCAGCCCCUGGAGGUGCACGAGACUGUAGCUGAAUGUAUGAUUCUUGCCAACCACUGGGUGGCAAAAAAGAUUUCUGAGCAUUUUCCUCAGCAAGCUUUGCUGCGGCAGCACCCUCCACCACGGCAGGAAUUCUUCACUGAGCUCCGAGAAUGUGCCAGUGCCAAAGGCUUCGCAAUGGACACACGGUCUAACAAAGCAUUGGCCGAGUCUCUGGAUAAAGCAAAUGACCCAUUGGAUCCCAUUGUAAACCAACUGCUGCGCUCAAUGGCCACUCAUGCCAUGUCCAACGCGUUGUACUUCUCGACUGGCUCAUGCUCCAAGGAGGAGUUUCAUCAUUAUGGACUUGCCCUAGAGAAGUACACUCAUUUUACUUCUCCAAUUAGAAGAUAUGCUGAUAUUAUUGUCCACAGACUCCUAAUGGCAGCGACUCUGAAGAAAGGAGAUGUUAACUUAUUCAGUAAUAAGGAUCUCGAGGAAUUGUGCAAACACAUUAACAACAGGAACAGGGCAGCCCAGCGUGCUCAGAAGCAGUCUACUGAACUCUUCCAGUGCAUGUACUUCAAAGACAAAACCCCAGAAACAGACGAGCGCUGCGUAGCAGAUGGUGUUAUUUACUCCAUACGAACAAAUGGAGUGCUUGUUUUUGUGCCGAGAUAUGGAAUCAAAGCUGCAGCAUAUAUGAAAAACAAAGAAGGUUUAGUUAUCUCUUGUCAAGGUGAUGGGAGCUGUGAGUGGAAGCCUGGAUCACUGCAGCGCUUUCAGAACAAAAUUACUUCCACCACAACUACUGGGGACUCAGUUACGUUAAGCCUUUUUGAUCAUAUUACGGUGAAGAUGCUGGUGCAGACCUCCCGCUGCCAUGCUGACACCAUCAAGCUUGAAAUAAUCAAGAAUGCACCGCACCAGACUGUGGACAUGGAGGUUUCCCAGAGGAACUGUCAGAGGGUGAAAUGUGACUUGGUGAAAGCAGUCAGUCAGUCAGCAGAAGCUGCCCAGCAUGCCCAGGAGAAAAGAGUUGAAGUAAUUGAUGAAGACUUUGAGAAGUACUGCCAGACCAAGGGAGCCAGCUUAUACCAACUGCUGGAGGAGAUAAGGGAUUUGGCACUACUGGAUGUCUCGGCUGAUGUCAGAACUUGAACUGUAACCCAGCGUGGUGAUGUUCUGCUCCUGUCUACUCUGUAUUGCUGUUGGGGUUUUUAAAAGCGCUCUAUUUAAGUAUUCAAGAAUCCUUUUAAUAAGAAACUAAAUAUCUAGUUUAAAGAAGAAUUAUUUUUGUGUUUAUGACCAUGUAUGAGUUUGCAAAAGAUUUUAUAUAUGAUAAAACUCAUCUUCCAGCCU